GGUCUCCAUCCAGCCAAUCAGAACUAAUUUCCCCAAUUUGUUUCCCCCCAUUUUUGAGUCAGAUUUUUUUUCCUUACUCCCCCUUUUUUUGGGUCAGAAAUCUCAACAAAAUGGUGCAGAAGAAAACCGAACUCAAAGGGUUCCAUCGCUCUUUCAAGGGCCAGAACCCCUUCGACCUGGAAUUCUCUCAGCCUCGUCACCUGGAUUCCGUCUUCAGCUUCGAGUGCCCAGCCCGCCCCGACAUGCCUUCAAGCCAGCCCAUCGACAUCCCGGAUCCCAAGAAAAGGAACAAGAAGAAGAAACGCUGCAGAGCCACGGACAGCUUCUCGGGGCGGUUUGAAGAUGUCUACCAGCUUCAGGAGGAGGUGCUCGGGGAAGGUGCCCACGCGAGAGUCCAGUCCUGCAUCAGCCUCAUCACCAACAAGGAGUAUGCGGUGAAGAUCAUCGAGAAGAGCCUGGGACACAUCCGGAGCCGGGUAUUCCGGGAGGUGGAGAUGCUCUACCAAUGCCAGGGGCACAGGAACGUCCUGGAGCUGAUCGAGUUCUUCGAAGAGGAGGAUCGGUUCUACCUGGUGUUUGAGAAGAUGCGAGGAGGUAAANNNNGGACUCACAUCCACCGGAGACGCCACUUCAACGAACUGGAGGCCAGCGUGGUGGUGCAAGACAUAGCCAGCGCCCUUAACUUCCUGCACAACAAAGGGAUUGCACACAGGGAUUUAAAGCCAGAAAACAUUCUCUGCGAGAGUCCCGCCCAGGUUUCCCCUGUGAAGAUCUGUGACUUCGACCUGGGAAGUGGAAUCAAACUCAAUGGCGAUUGUUCCCCGAUCUCCACCCCCGAGCUGCUCACCCCCUGCGGCUCUGCCGAGUACAUGGCCCCCGAAGUGGUGGAGGCCUUCAACGAGGAGGCUUCUAUCUACGACAAACGCUGCGACCUGUGGAGCCUGGGUGUCAUCCUUUACAUCAUGCUGAGCGGCUACCCGCCCUUCGUGGGCCACUGCGGCACGGACUGUGGCUGGGACCGCGGCGAGGCCUGCCACGCCCGCCAGAACAUGCUCUUUGAGAGCAUCCAGGAGGGGAAGUACGAGUUCCCCGAGAAGGACUGGGCCCACAUCUCUUUUGGAGCCAAAGACCUAAUUUCCAAGCUGCUGGUUAGAGAUGCCAAGAAACGGCUCAGCGCGGCCCAGGUCCUCGAGCACCCGUGGGUGCAGGGGUGCGCGCCGGACAACACUCUCCCAACCCCCAUCAUCUUACAGAGGAACAGCAGUGCCAAAGAACUCACCUCCUUCGCCGCGGAGGCCAUCGCCGUCAACCGCCAGCUGACGCAGCACGACGCCGACGAGGAGGAGGAGGCCACGCGACCAAUCAUCAUCAAAGCUACCUCAUGCUCCAUGCAGCUGUCCCCCCCUGCGGAGUCCCGGCUGGCGCAGCGCAGGCAGAAGAACAGCCUGACGAAGGCGGGGGCUGCGAGCCAGCACCUCGUCGCGCCCCUGGUCCUGGUGGGCGACCACGCGUGAAGGCCUGCCCGCCACGCCCCCCCACUCCCUGUACAUACGUGUGCGCUGCGUCCGGGCAGCGUCCUUUUUUAAAAAUGCUGUUGCUAGCUAGCCGCAAGAUCAGGACUCUCUCCUAUUGGCUGGUUUCCAAGGUGUUGCUGAUCUUGUAAGUCCUUGUUUUUGGGGGUUUUGUUUCUGUUUAAAGCCAUUUUUUAAAGGUAUUAAAUCAAGUGUGAGGUGGCUUCACCCAGGGCACAUGUCAGGAUGUUUAACAGAUGACCUAUGAACUUUCUUGACUUUUCUUUUUUUUUUUUUUUUUUUUUCCCCCCCUACACCAAAGGACUAUUUGUAUAAGCGGCUGCUUUUACAACUUCAGCUCAUUUCAUACUGUGAAGAAAAAAAAGACCCUCAGUCGUAUUUUUAACAAAAAGUAGCAUUUGGACAUUUAUUUUCCUACCGAGCUGCAGGGUUUUUCUUUGAAAUUGGGGCUGCGACGGGCCGACCGUGGGGAGCGCUUGUUUUUAGAAAA